AUGGAAAGCGGAUCAGUAUCUUGCCGUCGCUUGAGUUUUGAAGAUGUUAAUGAAAAACAUAUUCAACAUGUCAAUGAUAAGAUUGAUGAUCAGAACAACAAUCAGUUGGCGAUUGCUACAAGUAUGUUCAAUGUGGAAGAUAUUUCGAAAAUUGGGAUGAGCUUUGACACUGAACAAGAAGCUUAUGACUUUUAUUUAAAGUAUUCAAAACGUGUGGGUUUUGGUAUAAGAAAGAGCAAGAGCCAUAAUGACAAAUUUGGUCAAUUAGUGGACAUAAUUUUUUGUUGCAGUGCUCAAGGGAAAAGGAUGAAUGAGAAGCAUGAUAUUGGUGUGAAGAAGAUUUGUCCAGAGACUAGAUUUGAUUGUCAAGCUAAAAUGAAAGUUAGCAGUCGUGAAACUGGAAAGUUUCGUGUGGUUCAGUUUGUUGAAGACCAUAAUCAUUAUCUUUCAAGUCCGAAUAAAACACAUCUACAUAGAUGUCAUAGAAAGAUUGCUCCUUCUGCAGCUCUACAAAUUCAAAUGGCAAAUGAUGUUGGCAUUGCACCUAAAGCUUCUCAUGAUCUUAUGGUGAGACAAGUAGGAGGGAGAGAGAAUUUGGGCUUCAUUCCUCAAGAUUAUAGAAACUAUUUGCGAUCCAAAAGAACAAGAGAUACAAGAAUAGGGGAUACAGGAGGAGUAUUAGAAUAUUUGCAGAAGAUGCAAUUUGAUGAUUCAAAUUUUUUCUAUGCCAUUCAAGUUGAUGAAGAUGACUUGAUAACAAAUAUUUUUUGGUUUGAUGCAAAGAUGAGAGCAGAUUACUCAAAUUUCGGCGAUGUCAUUUGUUUUGAUACAACCUACAGGAAAAAUAAUGAAGGUCGUCCCAUUGGAUUAUUUGUAGGUGUAAAUCAUCACAAACAAUCUGUGAUUUUUGGAGUUGCACUAUUAUAUGAUGAAACAGCUUUGACAUUUGAGUGGUUGUUUGAGACAUUUACUAGAGCUAUGCGUGAGAAAAGACCGAUAACCAUUUUUACAUAUCAAGAUGCAGCAAUGGCUAAGGCGUUAGCUUCUAUAUGGCCUGAAACUCAUCAUCGUUUAUGCCUUUGGCACAUUUUUCAAAAUGCUGCAAUUCAUUUGAGUAGUGUCUUUUCUCAGUUCAAAGACUUCGCCAAAGACUUUGGAGCAUGUGUUUAUGAUUUCGAAGAAGAAGAUGAGUUUAUUGCAGCAUGGGACCGAAUUGUUGGAGUACAAAAAGAAUAA